CUCUCCCUCCAAGUCAGUCCCCGCUUGUCUCUUCUCUUCGUUCUCUUAUUGCCCCCCUGACCUGCCCUCCAGUCAUGGCGGGGGCCCGGCCGGGGGUACAUGCUCUGCAGCUGGAGCCGGUGCGGGUGCCGGAGAUCCUACAACGGGGCAGCAAGUUCAUCAAGUGGGACGAGGAAAAUGGCGGCAAGUCUUUGGUUACUCUUCGCGUGGAUAGCAUGGGAUUUUAUCUCUACUGGACGUGCCCAAACAUGGAAGUUGAUAUUUUAGAUAUAAGUUUCAUCAGAGACACGAGGACAGGAAAGUACGCUAAAAUACCAAAGGAUUCCCGAAUGAGGGAAAUUUUAGGCUUCACAUCAGCUGAGCAACGCCCCGAAGAUAAACUUGUUACGGUUGUGUAUGGCAGUGACAUGGUUAACAUCAAUUUCCUCAACUUCAUGGCAGUUCAGGAGGAUACAGCAAAGAUUUGGACAGAAGGACUUUUUAAACUGGCCACAAAUAUUUUGGCACAGAAUUCAUCUCGGAAUGCGUUUCUGCAAAAAGCGUACACCAAAUUAAAACUUCAGUUGAAUCAGGAUGGACGAAUACCAGUCAAGAAUAUCCUUAAGAUGUUUGCCGCUGACAAGAAGAGAGUAGAAACUGCAUUGGAGUCCUGUGGUCUGAACUUUAAUCGGGGUGAGUCCAUCAAACCAGAAGAAUUUACCCUUGAAAUUUUUGAACGGUUUCUAAAUAAGCUAUGCUUACGGCCAGAUAUCGAUAAGAUCCUAAUAGAGAAUGGGGCUAAAGGGAAGCCAUAUUUAACUCUGGAGCAACUGAUGGAGUUUAUAAAUCAGAAACAGAGGGAUCCAAGACUCAACGAGAUUCUUUUCCCACCUCUUACAAGGGACCAGGUGCGCCAUCUUAUAGAAAAAUACGAGUCCAACAAACAGUUUCUUGAAAGAGACCAGAUAUCCAUGGAAGGUUUUAGCCGUUUUCUGGGUGGGGAUAAAAACAGCAUUGUUCCUCCAGAGGCCUUGGAUCUCAGUGAUGACAUGACGCAACCGCUCACCAGUUACUUUAUCAACUCCUCCCACAAUACCUACCUCACUGCUGGUCAGCUGACGGGGAACUCAUCAGUAGAGAUGUACAGGCAGGUGCUGCUCACGGGCUGCCGUUGUAUCGAGUUGGACUGCUGGAAAGGACGUCCCCAAGACGAAGAACCUUUCAUUACUCAUGGUUUUACCAUGACCACUGAGAUUCCGUUUAAGGAAGUAAUUGAAGCAAUAGCGGAAAGUGCCUUCAAAACCUCUCCAUUUCCACUUAUUUUAUCCUUUGAAAAUCAUGUUGACUCAGCAAAGCAACAAGCUAAGAUGGCCGAAUACUGCAGAAACAUCUUUGGAGAUGCUCUUCUAACUGAACCGCUAGAGAAAUAUCCUCUCCAGCCAGGAGUGUCUCUCCCAAGCCCGCAAGAACUGUUGGGAAGGAUCCUAAUAAAGAAUAAGAAAAGGCAUAUAGUGGAGGUAAAGGGUCCUGAAGGCAGUGUGAAAAGAAGAGUCAGUGAACAACCAUCCAAUACUUACAGUGACUCCUCCAGCAUCUGUGAUGCACCAGCAGUAGGUACUUUAAACAGUGACUCGGCUGAUGUAUCUCUGACACUAUCGAAUGGAGAUGAACCAAUGGAGGAGAAGAUUCGCAAGUGUGUAGAGCCGCGGAAAUCCAUAGACCGUGAUGCUUAUAGUGAAGAGGAGGAAGAUGAAGAGCCCUCUGACCCUAAAAAGUCAGAUGAAGGUACUGCUAGCAGUGAAGUCAGUGCCACCGAAGAAAUGUCCAAUCUUGUUAACUACGUGGAACCUGUAAAGUUCAAGUCAUUUGAUGUGGCCAACAAGAGGAAUAAAUAUUAUGAAAUGUCUUCAUUUGUUGAGACUAAAGCACUGGAGCAGCUCACUAAAUCUCCCAUGGAGUUUGUAGAAUAUAACAAGAAGCAGCUAAGCCGUAUCUACCCGAAAGGAACCAGAGUGGAUUCUUCUAAUUACAUGCCACAGGUUUUCUGGAAUGCAGGAUGUCAGAUGGCGGCAUUGAAUUUUCAAACACUGGACCUGGCAAUGCAGUUGAAUAUGGGGAUAUUUGAAUAUAACCGGCGCAGUGGGUACCUCCUAAAGCCAGAAUUCAUGCGUAGGACAGAUAAGCCUUUUGAUCCUUUCACAGAAAACAUUGUUGAUGGGAUUGUGGCAAAUACUGUAAAAAUUAAGAUUAUCUCAGGUCAGUUCCUGUCUGAUAAACGUGUUGGAAUAUAUGUAGAGGUUGAUAUGUUUGGUUUGCCUGUUGACACAAAAAGAAAGUAUAGGACAAAAACUUCCCAAGGAAACUCCUUUAACCCUGUGUGGGACGAGGAGCCAUUUGAAUUUGCGAAGGUGGUGUUACCUACUCUGGCCUCUCUUCGCAUUGCUGUGUUUGAGGAAGGUGGAAAAUUUGUUGGUCACAGGAUACUGCCAGUGUCUGCAAUACGACCAGGUUAUCACUACAUCUGUCUAAGGAAUGAAAUUAAUCAGCCUCUGUGUCUCCCGGCUUUGCUUGUCUACACAGAAGUAAAUGACUAUAUUCCUGAUAACCACCAAGAGUACAUCAAAGCUCUGAUGUUCCCCACCCAACAUGUCAGUCUGGAUGAGAGGGCCAAGAAACUUGUGGCUCUGAUUGGAGACACCGAGCCCAGCAACACAGAGAAACCACAAGAAAAGAAAAAGACUGAAAUAGCAAGUGUCACUCCUCAGAUACCUACAGGUAUCAAGAAGCAAUCAAUUACACCGCUAUCCCCUAUAGUUCACCGGGAUGACCUCAUAGCAAGUGUACUAACAGAUGUACAAGCACCAUCCCUGGAGGAGCUCAAGUUACAGAAAAGCUUUGUGAAGUUACUUUGUCGACAGUACCGAGAAUUACGCCACAUGCACCGCAAGCACCUGCGCAAAGUGUCCUCCCUGUCCAAGGAGCAGAACAGCCGAUUCAUACAGCUGCAGAGCAUACGAAAGAAGAGAUUCGGAAAAAGUCUAAAAGGCGGACCAGAUUUGCACUCAGAGCAGGAAGAGCAGCAGAAGAAGUUGAUGGACCUACAGGGAGAGCAGCAGAGGCGCCUUCUAGAAAUGAGGGAACUUCAGCAUGAGCAAGAACGCAAAAUCAAACAUAUCCACUUGCAGCAGGCUGUUCAGAAGCUGCUGGAUGUGGCUCAGUCGUGCAAUACUGCUCAGCUAAAAAAAUUAAAAGAAACCAAUGAAAAGGAGAAGAAAGAAUUACAAAAGAUCCUGGACAGAAAGAGACAUAAUAGCAUCACGGAAGCCAAGUCACGAGACCGGCACAAGAAGGAUGGAGAGCUCACUGAGAUCAACAGACGUCACAUCAAUGAGUCGGUGAACUUUCUGCGCAGUUUAGAAGAAGCACAAAAGAGGCGUCAGGAAAAGCUACUGGCGGCUCAUCAGGACACAAUACAGAGGAUAAAAGAUGAAGAGCCUAAGUUGAUGGCCCAGUUGGAAGAGGAGUGCCAAGCUGAGUUCCGCCAGUUACCCCAGGAAGUUCGGCGAUAUCUGCAAGAGGAAGGAGGCAGCUGGGGCGGGGGGAGCUCAGGUCCUCCGUCAUCCACACAGAGCACCCCGUCUUCUAUCACACGGGGCUGGGGGUCAGAGCUUGGAGAUGGGGAUAAUUUACAGACCCCAGAGGACUCAAGUGAUUUAAAUGUUAUUGAAGUUUUACACAUAGACAAAAUAACCAUCAAAGAAAAGACCGUACAGUACAAACCAACAAAUGGGAAUCUUGCAAUCACCUGCUUUGUGACUAGGAAGAAGUGA